AUGAAUUCUGUCGAUGCCUCGGAGCACGUUGAGCAGGGAGCCGUCGGUAAGUUGGAUAUUAGAUCCCUCCACACGCCACUGCGCUCGCGAAUGAUUUCUUACCAUGCAGACCUUGCCCCAUCUCUCCUCACAGUCAUUCUCGACACCAACCCUCGCGCCUGGGCCGCACUGAAAGACUCACUCGCCCUCUCUCAAGCCGUCGCAAACAUCCUCGUCUUCAUCAAUGCCCACCUUGCGUUCAACUAUGCAAACGAAGUCGCAGUUGUCGCAUCGCACAGUCAGAAAGCUGCUUGGCUUUACCGUCAUGAUAUCUCCGCGAAACCCAGCACGGAUAACGAUGGCAACGGGGAUAUCGACAUCGACAUGGAUGCCCCGACACCUGCCCAGACGAACAAAUACCGUCCCUUUCGCCUCGUUGAGGAACAAGUCCUCAAAAACCUAAACGAUCUCAUGGACUCGACAAAUAGCGACGAUAUCCGAGAGAAUACAUCAACCAUGCUAGCCGGCGCGCUCACACUCGCUCUCAGCUACACCAACCGGCGCAGGAUCGCCUGGGCUCAGGAACACGGCGGCGCAGACCUCAACGAUGCCGUCGGCGAAGGUAGUGGGGGCACAGGCAUAGGAUCCGGACUGGGUCGAAGCUCCGCCUCAGAUGAUGAUGAUCGCCUCCAAAGUCGCAUUUUGAUUGUUUCGGUCAGCGGAUCCAGCGACUCCGCCCACCAAUACAUCCCUGUCAUGAACUGCAUUUUCGCCUGCCAGCGUCUACAAAUCCCGAUUGACGUAUGCAAGCUCAGUGGUGAUGCGGUAUUCUUACAACAGGCCUGCGACGCUACCAAGGGCGUCUAUAUGGCACUUGACGAACCGAAGGGCUUGCUUCAGUACCUAAUGAUGGGAUUCCUGCCUGAUCAGCGCUCUCGCCGGCAUCUUGUGCUCCCCACCAGUGACGAUGUUGAUUUCCGCGCUGUGUGCUUCUGUCAUCGUCGGGUCGUAGACAUUGGCUAUGUUUGCUCCAUUUGCCUGAGCAUCUUUUGCGAGCCACCCCCUGGAUACGAGUGCUUGACAUGUGGAACUGUGUUGGAUCCGGCAGGUGAUGAUAAAAAGCCUGCUCUAAUUCCACGGGGAAAGAAGAAGAAAAAGAAGCGGGCGAAUGCGACUUCAGCAACGGGAACGCCCGAUGCCAUGUCGACGCCCACACCUACGCCUGGACCUUGA